AUGAGUUUGAAAAAGGGUGAAGUCAAUCUUGGUACAUCCAUUAUGGCUGUACAGUUUAAAGACGGUGUAAUUGUUGGAGCAGACUCACGUACAACCACUGGUGCUUAUAUUGCCAAUCGAGUUACAGACAAGUUGACCAAAGUUCAUGAUCGUAUUUAUUGUUGUCGAUCAGGAUCAGCCGCUGAUACCCAAGCCAUUGCCGAUAUUGUACAUUAUUAUCUCCAAAUGUAUAGUGUUCAAGAAAGUCAAGCACCUUCAGUUCGAACAGCAAGUGCUCUUUUCCAAGAAUUAUGUUACCAAAACAAAGACGGUUUGAUGGCUGGGAUUAUUGUAGCAGGAUGGGACGAAAAAGAUGGACCUUCUGUGUAUAAUGUUCCUUUGGGUGGUUCAUUACACAGACAACCUUUUGCUAUUGGUGGUUCUGGCUCUACUUAUAUUUAUGGUUAUUGUGAUUCUGUUUGGAGGGAUGAUAUGACAAAAGAAGAAGCUGUGACUUUUGUCAAGAAUGCUUUGUCUUUAGCAAUGGCUCGUGAUGGAUCUUCUGGUGGUGUCAUUAGGCUGGCUGUUAUUACCAAGGACGGUGUCGAUCGUCAAUUCGUACCUGGCAAUGAAUUACCAACUCACUGGGAAGGAUAA